CUGCAAAAAUGCUUACUACAAGUGUGCUGUUUAAGAUGCUGCUGGUGACCUCGUUACUGUCGCAAGUGGUUCACUGUCAGCGGUUGGGACGGAGUCGCCGCGAUACGUCCAAACCAUUAUUGUCCCCGGAGGCCAUCGGCGAGAAGAAGCCAGAAGAUGUUAAACCGGCGGACGGUAGCAAUGCGGACGAGUUGUUACGUCCGGCCGCAUCGACAAGGACACAGCGCAGUUAUUACGGUGGAGGAUCCAGUGAACGAUUGUUCGAUCUGGGGCUGCUGAGCCGGCCGAGCUACUAUGCGGGUAAUCGGGGCUAUUAUCCGUCCGGAGGCUACUACCCGCAGGGUGGCUAUUUCCCACAGGGAAAUUAUCUGCCACAGGGAGGCUACUAUCCGUCGGGCGGUUAUGGCGGAUCAGGUUACUAUCCGGGAACGAACACACUUGGAGUAGGAUCCUCUUCGUACGGUGGUGGUAUCUAUGGAGGAUACGGAGGCUACGGAGGAUUCGGAGGUAAUGGUGGACUGCAGUCGUACUACGGAUAUAACAACGACAACUACUACGGUAACCGCAACCUGGGCUAUGGCUACUACAGCGGUACCUCACCGUCCGGCUACGUAGGCUCAACCCUAGUCAGCGGUUUCCGUGGCUACAACUGA